AUGGAAGGUCAAAUGCUUCUCAACCCGGCCAUUCUCUGGGGUAUCCUGAUCUCAGAGUGCGAGAGAGGUUCUGAAUGCGGCGAGGCAAAUGAAGCUAAAAAUGGCUCACUGGAUGCCGCAACCACGGGCCUGGCAUAUCAGGAACAACAAGAAACCGCCCAACCCAACGAGACUGCAGAAAGGCCAUUUGCCGAACCUGCAAUCCUAUGGGGUAUACUUUCCUCAGCGGCUUCUCCCCAGGCCAUGAACGAUGGAUCUGUCAAUUUCCCAGAAUCUGAAGUGCUUGAUAUGGACGCCAUCGUCAACAUCUGGCUCGCCGCAGGAUAUGACUGUCAGCUGCCAUUGGAGGAGACUGCAGCUGGCUCGGCCGUCACAGAUGCCAUGCUCAUCGAUGGCGGGGAAUCGAUGCAACCCUACCAGUCUCCGGACCCAAUUGGCCCCUAUAUUAUCAAAGAAUCGCCGGGAAAAGGCCAGGGUGUUUUCGCUGCUCGACACGUCGUCAAAGGAGAACGCGUUCUAGUCGAUAAGCCAUUCUUCGUUGUCACCAAGCCAUACAAUGCUCGAACAGUCCUCGAAGAAUUUCAGCGCAUGCCCUUUGCAAGACGACAACAGUAUAUGCAGUUGCACUGCCCCAAUCGCUCGGACAAUACUAACAUGAUCGACGUCAUGUGUAUUUUCGAGGCCAAUUGCUUCAACAUUGGGUCCGCGGCCGCCAUGUUCUUAACCGCGACACGAUUCAACCACUCUUGCCUCCCCAACAUCUACUACUCCUGGAGCGAAAAGCGCGAUGAGAUAGUCCUGCACAGCAUGACCGACAUCCCAGAAGGGGAAGAGAUGACAAUCUGCUACGGACGCGCCUUCUGCACACGAGACCAGCGCCAAUCCGAGCUCCGCAUCUACAAUUUCUACUGCGGUUGCCCGGCAUGUCAGACCGAAACCGCCUCCGGAAAAGCGAGCGAGUCGCGCCGUCUCGUCAUGAAGGCUCUCAACGACCAGAUCAUCAUGUUUCAGUCCAUGCUGAACGAGGCGCUGCUGGUCUACGGACUGCAAGACCCUCUAACGCCGGUCUUGCAACUGAUAGGGCUUAUUAAAGAGGAAGGAUUGCAUGGGGAGCUGAUGACGCCGUACCGCGACGCAGCGGAUUAUCUCCGGGACCGAGGGAAUUUCGAGGAAGCGUUGACGUUUGCGCACUUGGAGCUGGAGGAGGAAGUGGUGUGUCUUGGGGACGACUCGGAUGUCGUUUGCAAGACCAUCGAAUACAUUGAGGAGCUGGAGCAGGAACUCGAGAAGGCAAAGGGGGCGGAGAUGCAGGAAUAUGAGGAGACCGAAGAGCUUGAGCCGGACGUCUUGGACGACCGGGACAACGAACCCGCAGACUCUGACGCAGAAAUUCAGUCGCCGGAACAGACGCAUGGAGCAAAAGCGCCGGAAGCGGAAGCAGAAGCAGACCCCGCCGAAGAAGCAAAGCCCCAAGAAUUCGACUCCGACAAGCAAGCGCUCUCAAAGCGGUCGGAUCCCGAGCCCAACGCAUCGCACAUUGCGGCCACCGUCGAGCCCCGCAAAAAGCCUCCGGCGAAGGAACCAGACGAACUAACCCAAGACGCCGGUUUCCACGAGGGCUGCAUCGACUCACGGUCCUCGAGUCAGCGUCUCGAGCGCAAGAAAUGA